AUGCACACUUGGCCAGCCAAGAGCCCAGGCAAGUUUCACCAAUGGGUUCUCAUCCAUGUGUGCGGCUGGGGUGAAGGACUCAGCAACACAGAGCAAAACUCAGGGUCAGAGUUGCCCAACAGCCAGCCCCUCAAGGCCCGAGGAGUGUUUUCAGAGAAGACUCUCGGGGUGGAUGAGGCGGAGAAGAGAAAGCGCAGCUCGGCCUCCCGGAUGCGCGAGGACGGGAAGCAGGAGAUGCGCGUGUGCACUCUGGCUAGCGGACACGCACAUUUCCAACUCGCGGAGAGGAGGCUGUCCUCGCCAGCCCACCCGCCCCGGACCCCACCCGAGACGAGUGCCAGGGUGCAAGCCACAUUUCCAAAUAUCUACCCAAACAGCCUCUGCAUGCUCUACAAGCUGGAUAUUUUGUCUUCUGGAAAAGACUGGAGAAAAACUGCUCUUGAGACUUCACAGAAAGGACCUUAUCGGGUCCUGUUAGCAGCUGUCAUAGCAGUGGAGAUCCAAGUCGAGAAGAAGCAGCUGAUCCUCCUGAUGAAUCAUGAGAAGGUCCCCAGUGGCCUGACGCUGCGUCACAGCGCCUACGUCAUUCACCUCAUGGCGUCUCAUCGCUACGUUUACACAAUGGAAGAACACAUCACAUGUCAGAGGCUUUAUGGAUUGAUUCUCAUGUUGAGUUUUAUCUUUCUCUCAGAGGCACUUUCACUAAAAGGAAAAAGACUGGAUUUUUAUGGAAGAGUUGACACGCAUGUGAGCCUGACCAACACGGUUCCUGAACUCAGUCGAUUCACGGCAUGCAUUGACCUGGUGUUCGCGGAUGACAAAUUAAGUGAUUGGAUGGCCUUCUCCUAUAUUACUAAUAACACCUUCCUGGGCAGAGAAGACAUAGACCUUGGACUUGGAGGAGACCAUCAGCAGCUGAUACUAUACAACUUGGGCAAGACCUUUUAGAUCCAUUACCACCUGACUCCCUUUCAGUGGCAUACAAUCUGCUUGAUAUGGGAUGGUGUGAAGGGCAGAUUCGAGCUCUUCCUGAAUACAGAAAGGAUACUGGUAAUGAUGGAUCAACCGCAAAACCUGACACCUAAUGGGACUCUGAUUCUAGGACAUUUUUUUAUGAACUGGGACAGCCAGGUAGGAAGCGCACUGCCUGGCUUUACCGGCAGCUUGUACUACUUUCAACUCUGGGACCACAUCCUGGAAAAUGAGGAGUUUCUGAAGUGUGUGGGUGGAAAUGUUGUUAGCUGGGAAGAAGACGCUUGGCUCAUCAACAAGGUCAUCCCAGCUGUUGACAUGAGACUGCGCUGCUUUGUUUCUGAAAAUAUAACAAUUCAAGAAAUGAGCACAACUCUUUCACAACAAAUAGAUUUGACAACUCCAUCCCAAGUUACUGGACUAAAACCACAAGAGACGAUAUAUUCUACAAUGACGUUUAAAAGCAUGCCUGUAUUUGCAACUGAUUAUACAACCAUAUCAUAUUCCAAUACAACAUCUCCACCUCUGGAAACAAUGACUGCACCAAAAUUUUUAAAGACACCCGUAGCUGAGACAAUCAGAUUCAUGGCAGACGUUUUGUCUACUUCAGCGGCCAUCACUCUGCCUACCAAGAGUACCCCUAUAGGCACUACUACCAACUCCAUGAAAAUAACUAAAUCCGCAUCUUCAGCGAGCACAAGGACAACAAAAAUGGCUGAAGCCAUUGCUACUGAGACCUUUCAUCCAACUACAGCUACUGAUUUUCUAUACAUGUCCGGACUUACCAAGAACUCAUCAAUUAUAUCCAAGACUUCAGUGACUGGAUCUCAGUCAACCAUUAUGAAGACAACAUCUUUAUUCUCAUCUGCUGAGUCGAUACCCAUAUCUACAACAUCUUGGCCCAAACACAAAUCCACAGGUAUUGAUGCACUUGCAAUUGCCACAGCUAGCCAGGAGUUUCUUUUCUCUACAGCUGCUGGAACAGUACCUUGGUCCAUGGUGGAAGAGACUUCAGCUACAACUACUCAUGUUGGGACUGCAUCAACAUUCCCACCUGAGUCUGUGCUCAACUCCACAGUUGCUCCAGUGGAUUCUGUAUUUCCUAGAAAUCAGACAGCAUCCACAUUGGCAACAACUGGCAUGGAAAUAGCAUCUCCAGUUUAUUCAAAAACGCUCCCAACUGGGCCUACUGAGAUGAUGCCUGCGCUAACAGCUGAAAUGGAAUUGACAUUUACAAAUUUCCAAGACAUCUCUUCACCCAGAAUGGUGGAUACAAUAUCUACCUUCAUACCAAAAAGGGCCUCUUCUGUGGCCCUUUCUUUCAAGACAUCCUCCCCGUUCACCAGAGCUCAGAGUGUACAGCCGGUUAUUGAUGCUGAGACUACACACACAGCCUUGACUCUUGGGGUCACACUUGCACCCAUGGCAACUGACACUCUGCUUCCCCCCAUAACACCCGGGCCAGUAUAUACCCAGAAUACACCCACAGGUGGCGGAAACAUGCUUCCUUUGAAUGCCACUAGAUCAGCUUCCACAUUCAAGGCAUCUGAGUCUGGUCACACAUCGAUAACUGAUGAUGGUGCCCAUCUGUUCGCUACCAAUGAAACCACGUGGACUCCCAGGCCAGACCAGACCUUGUGGACAUCAGCGUUCCACGGGAGCGCUUCUAAUGCAGGACAUUCAUCCACUACUAGCACUGCUACUAUCCCACCAGAGGCCCCCUCCGGAAGCCAGGCUACCACUAUCACUGAUGCUAGCGUGACUGCUGGUGCCUCUACAGACGGAUAUGCAACAGCUCUAUCCACACUCACGACUUCGUGGCUUGCUAAUUUCGCCACAGUUUCCGGAACCACAUCUGUAACCAAAUUGCCUGAGUUUAAACUUACCACCUUGGGACUAAAAACUACUCCUCUGCCCACAGCAGCUGGAGGUGAGCUUCUUUCAACACCAAGGGAGACAUUGGUUCCACCGGUAGAUAUCAUAUCUACCCUUGCUGACACUGGACAAAAUGUCUCUACCGAGGAGAGCGCUAACGGUCCUGUGACAAGGACAGAAACAGCUUCCCGUUACCUUGAGGGAAAAUCAACUCUAGCAGUGACAACUGAGCUUUCCCCAUUUGCAACAAUGCUGGAAGCAACAGAAGAAUCUGCACAAAUGGUAACAGCCUCUGUCACCAUUUCCCCUUUUCCUGACGUAGAAAAGUUGACCACCCCAUUGGAUAAUAAGACUGCAACCACUGAGGUGAGAGGAAGUUGGCUUUCUACAAAAUCGAUGAAAACCACACCUAAGAGCUCAUACGACGGAACCACAGAAAUCUUUAAUUCCGCCCACACCCACACAGCACAUUGGACUUCAGAGGCUCCACCUGAGGGAAAUCCAACUCCAUCUCCCACUUCUGGGAGCACACAGAUAUUCCCUGAACCCCGGGGUGCUUCCACCACAAGGGUAUUGGGGACCAGUUUUGCCCCUCUCCCUACAGACAUGACAGCUAUGUCCUUGUCUGCUGGCAUCUUGUCUCCACAGCCUACUGCUACCCAUUCCUCAGCAGCCCCUGUGCCAUCAGCUAUGGUGACCACAGCAUCGACGUCACCAUUGGGUCAGACUGCUUCCACAACCAGCGAUACCGUGCCUACCCACAGACACUCGAUUCCCACCACUUCAGAAUCCACAGUGUUCUCUGUCAGGAUGACACCCACGGCAGUUCCCUCUCUGACAGAGACUCCAGUCCCCUCAUGGAGGCCUCCCACUCCCGUGGCAACUAAGGCUGAGACCACCUUUCUCUUCACCUCAGCUGACACAGUAACCCCAUUUACACCCACUCUUGUCUGCUCUAAAUCUCUCCCCGGCAACAUUCCUGUUGCGUCCUCCACCCAUGUGAUUUCAACUAUGUUGACACCAGUAGCAACCCAGCCCAUAUCUCAAGGGGAGGAGACUUCUACCCAUGCUCUCAGCCUUCCGUACACUCUCAGCAGCAGUGAGGAUGUUGUUAGCUUGGCUCCUAGCUCCACAGAAACUUCUGUUGUUGAUGAGACCAUGCUCUCACACACCUCUGCCAAUAAGCUUACAGUAGAUGGUCACAUUUCUCAGUCUUCAGCAGGUCUUGGAAACACAUUGGUCCCCACCCUAUUAGUGACUGACACUUCUACCGUAUCUUCUGACAAAGAGUGGAUGACCAUAUCCCUGGGAAACGCCCCUAGAACUGUGGAGGUGACAGAAAUGUCUCCAUCAAAGAAUCCUUUUAUCUCAGACUCCCAGAGUACUUCAUCCUUGGAAAUGACAGAUACAGGAUUUGCUGAGACCACAAUUUCCAGUCACCAAACACAUUCACCUUCAGAGUUUCCACUUGCAACUCCACCUGACAGGAUUUCAGCUUCAUCUCCCACUUCUGGGACUAUACAGACUACACCUACCUCUAUCUCAAGUCACACAGUAGAUGCUCACAUUCCAGAAAUGUCUACCAGUCUUGGGAAAACAGCCCUCCCUUCACAAGCCCUGACAAUUACCACAUUUUUGUCUCCUGAAAAAGAAAGCGUCAGUGCCCUUUCAGUAUAUACUCCCAGGACUGAGAAUAUGAUAGUAAGUACCACCUCUGUGACUCACCCUUUCUCAUACCGCCAGGAUACUUCAUCUGUAGACACCAUAACUUCCGGGACAACAAGAAUAUCCAAUCCUGUAAAUGUCAACACAACUCUUUCAUACUUGCUUUCCCCUAAGACUCAAACUAAGGUGACUUCAGUUGCCUCUCCCAUUUCUGAAAGUACACAGACCUCCCCUGAGUCCCUGUCUCUUUCCACAACUGGGCUACCUAGUGCCAAUUUUACAGUCGUCUCUGCUGAUGGGAUCACCACAGCCCUGUCUGCUCCAAAUGCACCUACGGCACUUCUUGGGAAAACCUCUGUGGCGACAUCGACUCCUAUCUACCAGAUGUCCUCACUGCCGGUCAGUGUCACUGCCUUCAGCUCCAAAAGAGUUUCUGACACUCCCACAAUACCAAUAACAAAAUCUUCUAAAACAGCACACCCAGACUGUUUGAAAAGUCUUUCCAUAGUUACUUCUGGGCCUAUGUCUGAGAUGCCCUCAACGUCAGUUAAUGGCUCUGCUCUCUCACCUCCAGCUGUUUCUUUUGACACUUCCACAAGAGUUGGAUCAUUCUCUUCAUUAUUGUCUACCCCUAGGACUACUAUGACCCUACAGACAUCUACACUGGAUGUCGCACUUGGGCCUACUUCAAAGAGCGCACUGUUUUCCUCUGCUUCCUUUCCUUCAGGAAUGACAGAGGUGUCCUCCAGGAUCACACCUACAUCCUUUUCCUCUCUGACACAGCCAACUUUCCCCUCUGUGAAAACCAUUCCAACCACUGUUAUGGCGGGGAUAGCGACUCCAUCCGUAGGCACCGCUGCCUCCGCUCCACUCGGUUCUAGGAACACCGAGGCUAUUUCUUCCAUUCCAAAGACCACAUUUUCACCAUUUCGGUCAACAACUCGGCAGUCGUCACAAAGAGAUGAGACUACAACUCUGGGCAUAUUAUCUGGGACUACUAAUGGAUCCUUUUCUCCUGGAAGCAGCAGUACAGUAACCACUCUCACAAACACUUAUUCCAGAACUGCUGCCCUUGAAAGUGUGCUUUCAUCUACUCCGUCAGAUAAUCUCCAUACUUCAUUGAAUAUUCAGGUUUCCCCAUCUUUGACGAGCUUUAAGAGCACUCCUGGACCCACAGAAAGGGUAAAAGCCACCACUUACCUUUCUUCAAAUAUAGAAAAGAUGACUUCCUUGUCAGAAAAUACUUCAGCAGCUGAACUAACAAAAGGUGCCACAUCUGUGGUUACCCCUGUUUCGUACCCCCCACGGACUCCAUCCAUCGCAAUGCCACACUCUUUGACAUCGUUUCUUUUUUCACCUCAUAGUACUGAAGCCAAGUUCUCCACUCCAGAGACUUUUUUCCCUCUUACAUCCCAAAUGGUUGAAUUUCCAGUUCUGGGAAGAAGAAUCACAUCUGGUAACACCCAGUCUCUGCUUAUGACUUGCUGGAACACACCCACAGCUAAAGGUUCUCAAUUUCCAAUUUCCACCACUACUCAUACACCUACACCCUGCAAGGUGGAAACAGAGACUCCAUACCUUGUGCCUGGGUCUUUGUCGACAUUCACAGCUUCUCUGACUGGUCUGGUAUCUGGAGAUGUUAUGGCAAAGUCAUCAAUUUCCACGUCAGGAAUUCUUCCUACGUUGGGGAUAUCUGACAGCCCUUCAUCACCAAUAUCUUCAAGACCUACCACUAUCACUUUGGCUGACAUUAAGCACACAUUUGAGAAGAGAGCUACAUCUGUAACUGCUGGGACUACACUCGCAUGGAAUCCUUCUGGUGCCACUUCAGGAUCUAUACUUUCAGAGGCUACUAGUUCAUCCAUGCUGGCUUGGAUUUUAUCUACUCUCCCUUCGGGUUCUCCACUGGCAACUGUAUCCAGUAUUCCUCACACUGUAACUUCUUCUCCAGGAGAGGUGUCAAAGUCCACAUUUCUGAUUUCUGACACCACACCAGCGCACUCAUUCACUAACUUUGCAACACUACCCUUUGCUGCUGUAAGCACUGCACUCACCCAAACCACUCCUACACCUACAGUGGGCAGUAUCACUACUGGCUUCCCAAUUUCUCUCCCCGUAUCUAUAAAAAUCACAGCUGACAGUGCAUACAUUUCUAAAUCCCCCGAGGCAUCUUCCGGAACCACUGUGACUGCCAACUCCAGGACCGUGUCUCAACCUCUACCCUUUGGCAGAAUGAGUAGGUCACCUCCUGCAACUGACCACAUCCUAUCUAUUAGUUCUGAGCUUCCGCCUAGCCCCGCAGGAACAGCUGCAUGGAACAGAAUCCCAGCUGCAUCAGCAUCCCCUACUUUAGUUCUUCCUAAGCCCACGCUGGACUCCUUUCCAAAUAUAACCACCACUACACUUACUGCUACCACAGCCUCAUUUCCACUCACAUCCACUGGAGUAACACAUCCUUCUACAGCAGCUUUGUCUUCACUACUCUCUUCCUCUUCUGAGACAACCCGGCUGGACUCCACACCUUCUUUUCUGUCUAUGGAAACAGCAACUUCCCUUACUGCCACUAAGUCCAUAGUUUCCUUCUACAAUAUUGAAAUGAGCUUCUCUGUGUUUGAUGAAGAGCCAAGGAUCCUUAAUACCAAAAUAAAUGAAUUUGCAGAAAAUUGGUUGAAUUCUAUAUUUUAGAUCAGUGAAUUUGUUCUUGCUAAUCUGGCUAUUCAAAUCAAAACCAGGUAUGUGAGUGUCAUCUAUUAUUUCAGUGAUGAUGUACUUUUGUUUUGCAUUAUUUUGGAACAGAGAGAAGGGCAAGGAAUGGCUACAAUUUCCCAUGUACCGUCCAGCUAUGUUUGUCAGACCAUCCUAAAGGCCAGCUCUUCCUUAGCAGCCACCGAAUUGGUUAGCAGGAUCAAAAGUAAAAUACGUGGCAACCUCACCCAUGGAAACUUCACCAAAGGUCAACUGACGUUAUUAGUAAAAUCUGAACACGUUGCGGUGAAAAAAAUAGAGCCAGGAAGGUGCAAAGCCCAGGGAACAGUCUCUAAAUACAAAGGGACCUAUAAGGGGCUCUUAACCAACCCUACUGAGACAGCCCAAACUAGGUGCAUAAAAAACAGGCAUGGAAAUGCUACUAGGAUCUGCUCAAUCAGUAUCCACCCUGGCAAAUCUCAGUGGGGAAAACCAAAGUUGAAACAAUGCAAAGUGCUUCAAGGAUUUCCUGAUAAGAUUAUGGAUCUUGCUAACAUUACUAUCAGUGAUGAGAAUGUGGAUGAUGUUGCAGAGCACGUUUUAAAUUUAAUAAAUGCAUCCCCCACUCUGGAUGAAGAAGAAACAAAGAUUAUUGUUUCUAAAGUAUCUGAUAUUUCACAAUGUGAUGAGAUAAGUAUGAAUCUAACCCAGAUUAUAUUACAAAUAAUCAAUGCUGUUUUGGGAAAACAAAACAAUUCAGCCUCUGAUCUGCAUGAAGUGAGAAAUGAAAUUCUGAGGACAAUCGAGCGUGCUGGUCACAAGAUGGAGUUUUCUGGGAGGACAGCAAAUCUGAUGGCAGACAGGCUGGCGUUGGCCGUCCUGCGGGUGGACCACACAUUUGAAGGCGUGACCUUCGGCAUUCGCUCCUAUGAAGAAGGUGCAGACCUUGAGAUUUACCUGGAUGAGGUCCCUCUGGGAAGGAUUUUGGCUUCCGUAUACUUGCCUAAAUCACUGAGGGAGAGAAUUCCUCCUAGCAACUUACAGACCAUCUUGUUUAAUUUUUUUGGCCAAACUUCACUCUUUAAGACCGGAAGCGCCACGAAAGCACUAGGCACCUUCGUGGUGAGUGCCAGCCUUUCAGAUACGUCCAUUGAAAACUUGGCUGAGCCAGUGGUUAUCAAUCUGCAACAUGUUGAAGGAGACCAGAAUUCUGAUUGGGUUCACUGUGCCUUUUGGGACUUUGGGAGUAACAAUGGGCAAGGUGGAUGGAAUUCAUCAGGCUGUAAAGUAAAGGAAACGAACGUAAAUCACACAAUCUGUCAGUGUGACCACCUCACCCAUUUUGGAGUCUUAAUGGAUUUAUCCAGGUCUGCAAUGGAUGCAGUGAAUGAACGGAUAUUAGUGCUGAUAACAUACGUUGGAUGUGGAAUCUCCUCCAUUUUCCUGGGAGUUGCAAUAGUGACAUACAUAGCUUUUCACAAACUUCGAAAAGAUCAUCCUUCCAAAAUCCUGACCAACCUGUGCACAGCACUACUGAUGUUAAACCUGACGUUUCUGGUCAAUUCCUGGUCCUCGUCAUUUCAGAAAGCAGGCCUGUGUGUCACAGCGGCGGCGGCCCUUCAUUACUUCCUGCUCGUCUCCUUGACUUGGAUGGGCCUGGAGGGGGUCCACAUGUAUUUGUCUCUCGUCAGAGUCUUCAACAUAUAUGUCCCUAAUUAUAUCCUUAAAUUUUGUCUAGUUGGUUGGGGAAUCCCAGGGAUCAUGGUGGCAAUCACACUCAGUGUGAAAAAAGAUCUGUAUGGAACUCUGAGCUCAGCAACUCCAUUUUGUUGGAUUAAAGAUGGUUCUAUCUUUUACACCUCAGUUGUGGCUUAUUUUUGCCUCAUAUUUCUAAUGAAUCUCUCCAUGUUCUGCACCGUUCUCGUUCAACUGAAUUCCAUUAACUCCCAAAGCCAGAAGCCUCGGCGGAGGACCAUCCUGCAUGACCUCAAAGGCACAAUGAGCCUGACAUUCUUACUUGGCCUCACCUGGGGGUUUGCUUUUUUUGCCUGGGGACCUGUGAGGAUCUUGUUCUUAUAUCUUUUUGCCAUUUUCAACACGUUGCAAGGAUUCCUCAUUUUCGUGUUUUACUGCUUGAUGAAGGAGAGUGUGCGGGAGCAGUGGCAGAUACACCUCUGUUGUGGGUGGUUACGACUGGAUAACUCUUCCGAUGGGGACAGCAGGUAUGGGCUACAUGUUGGGUAUAAACAAGAGAGACUGAAGAAAACCUUCCAGGACAAAUUGUUGACACCAUCCCUCAAGUCGAAUGCCACGAGUUCUACCUUCAAAUCUUUAGGCUCUGCACUGUGCACUCAUUCAGAAAUCAGCUUCCCAAAUGGUGACUUUGAUGAAGAUCCCUACUGUUUCUCUCCCUUGAGUUGUGAAGUUGUGCCUAAUUAUGUGGGAAGAAUAUUACCUGUGGAAGUCAAAAUGAAUUCCACUCACAAAGAUUUCUUGACUAAUUCCCAGCAGAGAUACCCACCUCCCCCCAGCCCCAGAUUAGGGAAAAUGUUGAGUUUGUGA